AUGAAGUGUUCCGUCCUGGUCUCCAUCCUCGCUCUCGCGGGCGUGCGUGGCGCGACCGCUGGCGAGUCAAAUCCCCUGGGCAAGGUCAUCGAGCUCAUGGACUCCCUGGCGGCGAAGCUGGUCGCAGACGGGGAUGCCGAAGACAAGGCAUUCCACAGGUAUGUGGAAUGGUGCGACGAGACGACUUCGAAUCAGAAGUACGACAUCGACACCGCAACCACCAAGAGCAGCGAGCUCGGGGCCACGAUCGCGAAGGCGACCAGCGAUAUCGAGGCGGCCGAGGGCAAGAUCGGCGACCUGGCGGGCAAGAUCGCGAAGGCAGAGGGCGAGCUGAACGACGCCGCGCUGAUCCGCAAGAAGGAAGCAGCCGAAUUCUCAGCCGGCGAGGCAGAGCUCACGGACACUCUGAGCGCCCUGUCGCGGGCGAUCGACCUGAUCUCCAAGGAAAUGGCCAAGAACCCCGCCGCCUUCGUGCAGAUGGAUGUCUCGGGCGUGGCCGGUCUGGUCACUGCUCUCAGCACAAUUGUGGACGCUGUUUCCCUCGGGGGUGCCGAUAAGGAUAGGCUCGUUGCGUUUGCACAGGAGCAGCGGGAUGCCGCCGAGUCGGACGAGUCUGGUGCCCCUGACCCAGCAGCGUACAGGUCACACAGCAAGGGGAUCCUGGACGUCCUCGAGGAUCUGAAGGCAAAGGCCGAGGAGCAGCUCGCCACCCUGCGCAAGGAGGAGUCGAGCACUCAGCACAACUACGCCCUGUUGAAACAGAGCCUGGAAGACGAGGUUGCCUACAACACGAAGGAGCUGAAAGAGGAGAAGGCGUUCAAGUCGGACACGGAGGAGGCGAAAGCGACUGCCACCGCGGAUCUUGCAACGACCACGAAGUUGCUCAAGGACACGGAGGCAGCGAGGUCGGCAACGCAGGCCGAUUGCAUGAAGUUAGCGACAGACCACGACGUCUCCACCGCAGGCCGCACUGCCGAGCUGAACACGAUCGCCGCCGCGAAGAAGGCGCUUGUGGAGACAAGCUCUGGCGCUGUGGAGCAGACGUAUUCCUUCAUCCAGAAGGUAAGCUCGAGCCUGCGCACUGGCGCAGACCUGAAGGGCGCCGAGGUGGCCCGCUUCGUCAAGAGGCUGGCCAAGGACCAUCAUUCUGAGGCCCUCGCGCAGCUGGCAUCGCGCAUCACAGCGCUCAUGCAGUACGGCAGUGGCGCCGGGGCGGAUCCCUUUGUAAAAGUGAAAGGGCUGAUCACGGACAUGAUAGAGAAGCUUCAAGCCGAGGCUGACGCGGCUGCGACCGAGAAGGCCUACUGCGACGAGCAAAUUGCCAAGACCGAAGCGAAGAAGUCGGAGCUCGAGGAUGACAUCGCCAAGCUGACGUCCAAGAUCGACACCAAGAGCGCGCACUCGGCCAAGCUCAAGGAGGAGGUGAAAACACUGCAGACGGAGCUGGCCUCGCUUGCCAAGGAGCAGGCAGAGAUGGACCAGAUCCGCUCUGACCAGCACGCAGACUACCUCCAGGCCAAAGCCGACCUCGAGCUUGGCCUGGAGGGCGUGGGCAAGGCGCUCUCGAUCCUCCGCAAGUACUACCAGGGUGACGGGGCCGCCAUGCUCCAAAGCCAGCAGCCAGCGAAACCCGUGUUCCACAGCAAGGUCGUAGAGUCCGAUUUCGCGAAGAACCUUGCCGACGAGGAGGCAACGGAGGCGGAUGCGUUGUCCUCGUACGAUGCCAGGACGCAGGAGAUCAAGGUGUCCAUGGCCACGAAGAGCCAGGAUGUGAAAUACAAAGUGCAAGAGUUCAAGGGCUUGGACAAGGACGUCAACGAGCUGUCCGCUGACCGCACGUCCACCAACGAGGAGCUGUCGUCGGUGCUGGAGUACUUUGCCCAGGUCAACCAGCGCUGCAUCGCCAAGCCGGAGACGUACGAGGAGCGCAAGGCCCGCCGCGAGGCCGAGAUACAAGGAUUGAAGGAAGCCCUUGCGAUCCUGAGCGACGAGACCGCUGCGUCGCUCCUGCAGGCGCGCAAGCACCGCUCCCUGCGCCAGGGGGCCCUGACCGCGUGA